CGGCGGCCAUGCACCGGGAGCAGGCGGCGCCGGAGCCGGCGGCGGCCGAGCAGGCGCGGCGUCUCACCUCGUUGGACGCGCUUGCCGGCAAGAUCUCGCCGCAGAACGGCGCCGUCGCCGACGAGCCGAAAGCCAAGAUGGGCUCGGCGGGCCUGGGCCCCACCGGCAACGGCCGGAUACCGGACGGCCUCGCGCGGGACCAGCCGGACCCGGACGCCAUCAAGAUGUUCGUGGGCCAGAUGCCGCGACACAUGGACGAGAACGACAUCCGCGCCAUGUUCGAGGAGUUCGGCCCUGUCCACCAGAUUAACGUUCUGCGAGACAAGGUUACCGGACAGAGCAAAGG